AUGAAAAAGACAUGGAUAUUUUCAUUAGAAGAAGAGUGUAAACAAGAAAGAGUAAUAGUAGUUGACAGCAAGAAAGUUUCGAUCAAUGGUGUACCGAUAACAGCCGAGAGGGUACAAGGAAAGUUACAUUUUAGUGUAUCAGAGAAUGGAGAGUUUCUUAAUAAUCAUCAUGGAGGAAAGAAUUGUUAUACAGUAAUAAGAGAUCUCGGACUCAAAUCAUUGGGUCUCAAUAAACGAUUGUAUCUCAACAAUGUCGAUGUCGAAAAUGGACAUAUUCUCAACAGUCGAAGGAAUGUAACACUCUUUGACGUAGCAUUACUCGCACUCUUGUUUAUAAUUGCAGCGGCUGUUAGUACCAUUGCAUCGAUAGUAAUGAUCCCAUUAAUAUUUAUAACCUACUUUUUUAUCUAUCGCAACAAAGUGGUUCAUAUCAACAAGUUACCAAUACCAAAAUAUAUUGAUGGUGUUGAAUCAACUACUGUUGGUCCAUCAGGUGCUACCUGUUGUACAGUAGGAGAACCAACUACUCCUACGACGAUUGAUCCAUCUAUCAUUGCUUCGCCAACUGAAUCAACAAAUAUAAUUAUCACCACCGACAGUAAACCACAAAUAAAUAAUGAACAAGAACAACAAGUAAACUAUGACUCUUAUCAAAAUCCAAUGAUUCCCAAUAAUAAUAAUAAUAAUAAUACAAACAUAACAAUAGACCAAUAA